UGGACGCCGCGCGCCUAAUUCUUUGGAUGCUCGCCUCCCGCCAUGUCGUUGAGCUCCUGCGCCAUUGCCGUUCCAUCCAGCACCUCGACCAGCUGCACGCCCGUCUCAUAGCCCACGGCUCAUCCGACGUGGCCUCUCUCGCCUCCCAGCUCGCCGUGUCCUACUGCGCGCUCUAAGGUGGUGCUGGACACCGCCGACUCUUCCGCGCCCGCCACCUGUUCGACAAAAUUCCUGACCGGGACAGGUUCAUUGCACAACAGCCUUACCAGGGCGUGCCUCAAUAGAGGUUGCCCCAAGAGGCGCUCUGUCUACACCGGGACAUCUUCCUGCGCGGAAUCCUACCCAACGUGUUCACGAUUCCGUUCGUGCUCAAAGGCGUGCUGCCCGCCGAUGGAGUGCUUGUCAACCUGGGUAUGUGCGGAAGGGGAGGAAAAAGGGCGAGGGAAUCUUGAAUGUUUCUAUUGGACAAGUUUUGUGGAAUCUGAUGUUUUUCUAUUCAAUUGGGUGGAAUAAAGCUAGUACGCAUGUGCUGAAAUCGUCCUUGUCUCCUGCUGCCUCUGAAGUCGAUGGUUGCUUAGGAGUUCAGAUGUCCAUUUGCAACUUGCCAACGCUAACCACCACCGGUGACUGCAGGGUCUUGAGAAAGGUGAAAGCAGCUCCACAUUGCUGAUAUCAUACUGCAGAAUUUUUCUUCGCGCUGCUUGUCAUCACUUGCUGAAUGGAAUAUUUCGUCGCCAACGUGAGAUUGCGCUGGAAAGAACGUUGUGUCAUGCAGUGCCACACGAUGAUUGGCGGAUACGCGCAGACUGGGGAGACCGGCGAGAUAAGGCGUCAAGGACUGUCAGCCGAGGAGUUCAUAUCACGUUCGUCAGCCUGCUUCUGGUGCGAGCUAGCGAGGGAUAUCUUAAAGUUGGUCUAGUAGGGAAGAACAAAGCCACAAGUUCCAAUGCUGAAGUAGGCAUGUAUGCCCGGCCUCAAGGGACGCCAUCACGAUGCAUGUGCCUCUGCAUGCCUGCUUCGUGUCUAGCUGAUACGCCAGUUGAAUCCAGCGCGAUGAGGCACAGUGACGUGCUCCGAUGACAGCGGCAAGAGAGUUGAGCUGCAUGAUUUAUUCGGAACAAGCGGAGGCGGUGUCGCUCGCCUGUCGUCCUUCCGCACUCUCCGGUCUUGUCGGAUCGGAUCCUCAGCACUGCAAUGCAUGCUUAAUUUAGAUUCUCUAGACGUCUGCCUGCAUCAGCGUGAAACUCUGAACUGAUGGGCUAAUUAUAGUAUAAUGUUGGCCCAUCCUCCGGCAUUCUUCUUCACAGUUGAUGAGUGGUCAAGUCCUGCAUUGGGAAUGAGUGGGUGAAGUUGUUUCUCAAACAAACCAACUGUUACACCCACACUUGCUCCUAGCCAGUUCCAUUUGCUCCUCCACCCAUCCCUGUCUCUGUCUGAGGCGAUUCUUUCUUGACUUUAGGUACCUCUCUUCGCUGUCGUUAUCUUCGGCCCCACAUCCCCGGAAAAUCAAUCAAAGUGAACAGAAGACAUUCGUUUGCAAAGGUGAAAGAGAAAUUGACCUGGUCAAGGAAAUAAUGAAAUGCUCUGAUUGAAUAAUGUGGAACUACAUACACAUGCCAUGAAGUGUUACCACAGCAAGAUCUCGACAAAUCCACUUGAAUCUUGACACCAGAUGAUGGCACAUUAACACGGAGACGACAAUAGUGCACAGAUGAGCACUAAUACAAAUGUCAACCCUGCACCCAAGGAUGCCGAGGAGAAGAAAGCAGCCGGCUCGUCCUCCUCCUCAUCGGAGCACCUGGAUGAAGACGAUGAUUUCUUCCAGAUCGAGGGACCGGUCCUCAAUACCCAAUUCUCCCUGGCCGGACCAAACCUCGACGGAUGCCCAGACCCGAAAAGGAUCCCCUCGUCAGUCUUCGCAAGGACGUCAACAUUGCAAACCGACUGGAGCGUCACGUCGAACGAGGCUCUCUUCAGCAUCAAUGUCGGGAACACGAGCUUCGACAAGGACCAUAAGGUCUUGUAUGGCAAGUCGGGUGAGAUGGGCAACCCCAACGAGCCUUUGGCGCCAUUGCCAUCGUUCCCGAAGCAGAGCCCAGGGUCCAGCCCCAUCAAGGGGGCAGUGUCACCCAAGGCAACCGGAGAAGGCAGCUCGACUGUGAAGGGGGAAGGAGACGCGGAUCACAUAGAUAGCAUAUCUCACCGUUCCGAAGGAAGCGCGACCAACUUUGCAUUCCCGAUAUUGGCAGGUGAUGAGAAAGCCAGGGGGUGCUCGAAGGACAACCAACCAGAUCUUGCCCAACAAAGCACGGCGCAACUGAGUCAUGCACCAGAGCCAGAGCCGCAUGAUGAGAAGAACGAAUCACCGAAAGCCGCAAUGGAAUCACCAAAAGCCGCAAUGGAAUCACCGAAAGCCGCAAUGGAAUCACCGAAAGCUGCAAUGGAAGCACCUAAACCUGAAGAAGCCCCAGUAGCGGAACCGGCACCAGCACCGGCGGAGCCACCUCCAGCGACAAAAAUGUUUCCCUGCUGUUCUUGCUGUCCAUUCUGUUGCUAAGGAGUAUUCAACGGGCGCUCUCAAUCCAAAUCACCUUGGUUCUUUCUCUAGAUGACUCAAUAUUUCAUAGAUGCUCAAAUCAGUAGAAGGCAAUCUGAAAUUGUAAAUCAGAUCAGGAACUGGAGAUGAGAGGGACAUUGGCAACCAAUUACUUGCUCUGGGUAUGGUAGAUUAUCUUAGAUACAUACACUACUUGUAGAGAAGAUGUUAAUUUUGUAGUUUUUGAUUGGGAUAUUUGUUUUAUCGGGGAGGCAAUUUAUCCUAUUUGGUUGUAGUAAUUCUGAGGAUGUGUAGAUGCUUUUAAUUUACUAAUUGUAGGUGUUACAUUUUAUAUUGUUUUUGUUACUGUGAUAUAAAUAAAAUUAAGGUGUG